ACAGAACAUAUUGGGUGGCAUGUGUUGCUUCUAUGUGGAGCACGUCCUCUCCUAAUGUCUGUGUGUGACCUCUACAGAUGCCCAACACAUCAGACAAGAGCAUGCAGGUUUGCUACUGCGGAUGGUCCAAAGUCACCACCUACCAGGGUCUGAGGACUCACCAGGGGAAGAUGGGAUGCACACCGAUGGGAAUGAGUAUCCCUGAGAGUGACCAAUUCAGAUUCACAAGAUACAUGUUUGCUAACAUUGGACCGUCAAUCCAAAUAGAAGAACCUCUGAAAGAUAUCCUCGGCCCUUAUCUGGAGAUCGAUCAUCAACAGUUCAUGUGGAGAAAUGCCGUGGAAGAAUCCCGUCAAAACAACAGCGGACCAAAUAACGGGGUUACUCCAGUCUGGGAGAUACCCCAAACAUCAGAUGAGAACCUCCUGGUUACGACCUACCAGGGUCUGAGGACUCACCAGGGGAUGAUGGGAUGCACACAGAGGGGAUAUAGUAUCCCUCAGAGUGACCAGUUAAGAUUAACAAGUUCCCUUCAUUCAGCCGCUAACGUUGGACCUUCAACCUUCGAGCCUCUGAAGGAUAUCUUUGGCCCCUCUCAAACGUUUGAGAGUAAACAGAUUACUUGGGGAAGACCCCUGGAAGAAUCUCCUCAACAGGAUGGCGGACCAAAUAACUCCAUUGCUUCAGCAAGGGGAAAGAAUGUACCUGUUGCUUCAAACUUCACAACCCAGACGGCCGCUCCAGCUGCAGAAGCCACACUGAACGACACAAAUCAAUUAU